AUGACACCAUCCACUAGCUACAGUUAUCAAAGGCCUCCAGAUAAUAAUGGAUCUACUGACGUUAUAUUAUGCUCUCAAAAGUCCCUUAAUCGCAAAGACCAGAUCAACAACGUGUUGAUGUCAUUAAUUACGAACACCUCUCUCAGCAUCAGUGAUGCUGAUCGAAUUCUGAAUAAUUUAAGAGACCUGGUUCCGGACUUACCAAGGAGCAUCAGAAGCAUUCUACGGACGUGUACAGGUGUUCAGCCACAGUUUCGGUUGUUCGACAAAGUUGUCUCGCCAAUUGACAAUUCUACACAAUUAGAAACACCACCAUCAACAGUGGAAUCUAAGCAUGUAGACUGUGCUUCAGCGGGCCAAUUUGAUAGGUUGCACAAAACCUUGAAGAACAUGUCGUCAGCUAUUGCUGAUUUGAGUAAGACAAUGCAAAACAUGUCUUCAGCGAUAACUGACUUGAGUACAAAUGUCAAGCUACUACUAGCCAAGUUUAGUGAACACGAUCAUCAGCAUCAAUUCGAUUGCGGAGUAUCAAGUCAGCAGUUUCCAUUGUCAUCGGAAGAGGAACUGCAGAUGCUGGACACUGGGUUGCAGCAGAAGGAAACGAGGGACAGAUUUAUGGCGAUGCUGACGAGGUUAA